GGCUGCAGACCUGGACGGAUUAGGGUGUUACAUCGGCUCUCCCUCUCUCUCCCUCACGGUAGUCACAGCGCCGCCAAGCCGUCCCUCCUUCGACGUCGGCAGCUCCCCAGCGGCGGCACUCCCCCCCUUCCCUUCGGCUCUCUUCUCUCCAAUGGGCGAAAGCGAGGUUACCUCCAACUCCACUCCGGCAAAAACCCCUCAUCUUACCUUCACGACGAUCUCUAAUGUCAAACUACAUGUUCCGGUUCUUCUCAGCCUCUCUCAACCGAACUACAAAAAGUGGAGUCGUCUUUUCCUCCUCUUGGUUCGCCGAUUCAAUCUCCAAGGCUACAUCAAUGGCUUCGCCGUCCCUCUCUCUGAAGACGACGAUGAGUGGCUCCAACUUGACGCUCUCUUCCAGGGGUGGAUCUUAUCCACCAUCUCUGACGAAGUCUCAUAUCUGGUAAUCUCCUCUGUCUCCACCGCUUCUGCCCUUUGGAAAGUUAUUCAUGAUCUGUUUCACGACAACAAGAAUGCUCGUGCCAUGCAACUGGAGCACGAGUUCCGUACCACUGUCAAAGGCAACACCACCAUGGCGGCCUACUGUCAACAUCUACAAAAUCUCGCAGAUUGGCUGGACGAUUUUGAUGCCCCGGUGUCCCAACAUCAAUUGGUUCUUCAGAUGCUUCGUGGUCUCCCCGCAGAUUUGCAAGGCCAGACGUCCUUUUUUCAAUUUCAAGAUCUGCUGCCCACUUUUCUCCAAGCCCGCUCCGCUCUCAUGCUUUUGGACCGUCAACGCUCUCCCAUGGCCGACUUGAGCAGAACGGCCCUCCUUGGCGGCAGGCCCGGCGUCAACAGCGGCAGCCGACAAUUGUCCAGCGGCGGCAGCGGGGGACCCCAGCACGGCAGCAGCGGCUUCCAUGGCGGCGGGCUCCAGCACGGCGGCAGCUACGGUGAGGGCGGCUCCUCUGGACAACGCAACGGCUAUGGACGCGGCAGCGGGCGAGGCAACGACGCUCGGGGUAGAGGUCGUGGAUGACAAAGCAGCUCGAGGCAACGGACCUAUCCCGACGGAUCAAACACCUAGAACUCACCUUACCCAAACCAAAACCCGGGCCUAUUGGGUCCACGUCCCAUGCCUACACCCCUCCCUUAUCAUGCCCAAGCCUACUACACCACCACCCCACCCCCAACCCAUAUGCCUACCCCCCCAAUACACCCCCACCCCACCCGUAACACCCACCUACCCCCCCCACCUAUGCUGGCGGGUCCCACACCCCGCCUUACCCAUACCCGCAAACAC